CUCGGCGAACGAUACAUCCAGCAGUCAGGACUCCGCCAAAAGGCCAAUCAGCGCGAGCGUUGCUGUAAACUCAGGUACAUUCAUACACUACCUGGAUGGCGCAUCGCGUAGGUAGGCGACUACGAGUUGCGGUCGUCCUCGUGGUGGCAUUUAUCUUUCUGUACAAGGUCUUCCUACCAGACCUGGCGCUAGACGAGCUCGUGUCUGGCUAUGACGCGGAUGGAUCGUACAUAGAUCCGUUCAAAAAGUCUGCACGGCCUGAGGCGGACAGAAUGCAUCCAAAGAUCAAGCAACACCUAGACACGCCGGAGGUAGACACAGGGUCAGGUACGGGAACCACGUCAAAGACGCAAGAGGUCGAGAUUCCUGCUCCUUCAAAACAGACCUCACCCUCUCCUGUUGUACGGCCUGCCUUUAAUGAUGGACGACCCGAAGACGUCACACCGAGUGCAGCGCCAAGUUCGGCCGUCUACUUUGAUUUGAAGCGCAAAGAAAGGUUUCCCGUUGAACUUGACCGUCGUAUCCCUCUGCCAGUGGGAUCUCCUGGAAAGCUUCCUCAGAUUCAAGCCAAAGUGCCUGCAGAGUCAGUUGUACAAACCAAAGAGCGGCACCGGCGACGAGAUGCCGUUCGAGAUGCCUUCAAGCGCGACUGGGACGCAUACAGGAAAUAUGCUUGGAUGCACGAUGAAAUCAAGCCCGUCACCCAAGGCUCUCAUGAUCCAUUCGGUGGAUGGGGCGCAACGCUCGUUGAUGCGCUCGAUACACUUCUCUUGAUGGGCUUAACUAGCGAGUUCAAAGAAGCAGAAGAUGCGGUGGCCAAAAUUGACUUUACGCGCAAGACGGCGGGCCCAAUCCCGGUGUUUGAGACGACAAUCCGGUAUCUAGGCGGUCUUCUGUCUGCACACGAUUUGGCCGUGCACCAAGGUAUGAAAGCCCCCGUCAUGCUCAAGCAGGCCAAGCUUCUGGGCAAAGUACUUUAUGGUGCAUUUGAUACGCCAAAUCGUAUGCCCGUCCUCCUUUACAACUUCGAAGGGCAAGACACUGCAGCCCUCAAAGCCCCAGUAAAUGGUGUCACGAGUGAGCUAGGCAGUCUACUUGUCGAAUUCACACGGCUCGCUCAGCUCUCAACUGGCGAAGAGCGCAAUCAAUUUUAUGAUGCAGUUGCACGCAUCACUAAUGAGCUAGAGGAAUCCCAGGAUGACAUGGAUCUGCCUGGUCUAUGGCCGAAAGUCCUAGACAUGUCUGGCUGCGAGCCGGAGAAAUAUUUCCUGGACAGUCAUGCUGAAGAAGAGGCUACUGCUACAUCUGCUGCUUCGUCUGGAGGUAUCAUGGACAAGAGACAAGACUCGCGAUUCAACAGCGGUCAAAACUCAUCUCCUGAGGACUUUGCGGUGGAUGCCAAGGGGAUGCCCAUCAGUUCAAGUUCGCGCAAGCCCAUCAAAAAUGAGUGCGUCAAACAAGGACUGAAGCCUUCAAGAGGCCAGCAGGCCUAUACCCUGGGUGCUAUGGUCGACUCUCUGUACGAGUACUUCACCAAGGAAUAUCUCCUGCUUGGAGGCGUCAAGGAAGUCGAGCAAUACAAGCGUCUGUAUGAACGCUCCAUCGAGGCUGCCAAAAAGCAUCUUCUCUUCAAGCCUCUUGUACCUGGCGACCUUGGUAAAGACAAGAUUCUCUUUUCUGGAUACUUCACGUCUGGUGGGAUCAAUAAAGAUGAAGGCAGGUUCGAUGCAAACAUGGAGCACCUCACGUGCUUCGUCGGUGGUAUGUUCGGUCUUGGUGCCAAGGUCUUUCACCGACCUCAGGACAUGGAGAUUGCCAUCAAGCUCACGGAAGGUUGUGUAUGGGCAUACAGUGCUACUGCGUCUGGCAUCAUGCCUGAAACCUUUAGAACGGAAAUAUGCACCGAGUCUCGGUGUUCAUGGGAUAAGCAUGUCGCUGGACUGAAAAAGAGCUUUGAGCAGCAAGAAGAAGAAAACAGUCCUGACUGGGCUGUUGAUAUGGACAGAACUCCCAGCAAACCGAUGGCUGCUGAGCUUAUCAGGGUUAAGAGGCAAGAAAGUACUCGUCAGAAAGGGACCGAGCCUGAUGCUCCGAACGAGGCGGCCCGAUUGUCGCAGCAGGCUCUUGAGGUUGCCGAGCGGACCAAGACACAAAAGUCAUACGGAAAGCCCGAGUGGGAAGACCCUCCGGCGAUGACAGUCUACUCUUCUGCUUAUGUUCUGCGACCAGAGGCCAUUGAGUCAGUCUGGUACAUGUGGCGGCUGACUGGGGACCGUAUCUGGCAGGAAAAGGGGUGGAAGAUGUGGCAAGCUGUCGAACAGCACACGCGAUCCGAGGGAGGCCAUUCAGCCAUUCACGAUGUCAAUUCGGUGCCGACUGACCGCACUGAUCAUUGCGAGUCGUUCUGGUUUGCCGAGACUCUCAAGUACUUCUAUCUGCUAUUCGCAGACUUUGAUGUUGUGUCGUUAGAUGAGUGGGUGCUCAAUACAGAGGCACAUCCUUUCAAGUUGCAAUGAGCAGCCCAAUGAAGCAUUGCAUAUGUUUUACAUGCUCUCAGUAGCCUUAGAUCUAGACUUAGAUCUGGUUUGACUUUGGACAAAAGGCGAGUGGGUGCAUUCAAUCCUUCGACUUGCUGUUUCACUCCGAACGACAUGUUCUAAAAUAUUCAGCGUGUCCUACUUUCUGCAGGCCCCAGCAUGCCCGACAUUGA